AUGCGCUUCCAUAUCUUAGGGACACAAGGCAUCGGCUUCUUGAUCGCCCACAUUCUGAAACGCAACAAUCAUGACGUAACUCUUUUGCUUCGUGAUCGCUUGUCCCUCGCAAACUUUAUGCGGAAGGAUCGAAUGAUUACAGUACAUUAUCAAAACGAUGCGGUUGAAACAUCGAAUGGAUAUCAACUGGAAGUGCCGGGAAUGGGAGUCAAUGGAGCUCGAGACGUGGGAUCAAAUGUAUUGGCUCAUCCUCUAACAAAUGGAGGUAACCGAGAAUAUGGGCUUGGAGGAAAUAUUGUGAAGAAUGCCGAUCCUGUUACAGAAGGACAUUACCAUUUCCCCUCAAAUUCGUUAAAUCCUUCUCUUCGUUCCUUCUCUUAUUCACCUUUUCUUUCUCCUAACGUCACCCCAAUAUCGUCCUUAAUAAUUGCCACGUCUCUACCGGACUUUUUUUCUGCAUUUUCCCGGAUUUUUCCUCGUAUCCUCCCCACAUCCACCAUUAUCAUAUUUCACCACGGAACAUUAGGCAUUUACGAAGACUUGAUACAGACAUACUUUCGCGAACCUUCCGUACGUCCAAACAUAGUCCUUGCGGACGCUACACAUAGAUGUUAUACACGUGGACAAUUUGAGGUUAUGAUAGAAAGAUUGGGAAGGGUAUAUUUUGGAAUUGUGCCCGGAGAAGAUGGGAGAGAGGUUAGGGUUAGGAGUAUGACUAACCAACGAAACGAGAAGAACGGAGUGGAACCUGAUGGGUUUGACUCGGAGAAAGAGAAAAGUAACCCAGAGAACAAUAAUAUAAACUCCAAAAAUGAUACUAUAAACUCAUUCUCAACCACGCAGUCAUCGCUCCACUCUACCAUAUCCAUUCUUACAUCUCUUCCACUUCUCUCUUUUACGCGCCUCUUUUACCCAGUCGUUAUCGAUCAUUUACUCGAAAAACUUCUCCUAAACGCGUGUCUUGCGCCAAUCUCCACGCUUUUCAACGUGAAGUACGGGAGCUUAUUGUAUAAUAUGCCAGCAAAUAGAGUAUUGAAAAAGGUUGUGAAUGAAGCAUCGGCCGUAGUACGGGCUUAUCGUGGUUUUGUGAUUGGAGGGUUUUUGGAAGCAGAGCGAAAAGUAAGAGAAGCAAAUAUGGCAGGGAAAGAAACGAGUGACACGGACAAGGAAUUCGGUAGCGAUGCUGUUGUUCAUGAAGAGUCAGCUCAAGCUGUAUCUUGCGACGAACCUUUAAAACUUGGCGAUUCACGCUCAUCCUCUCCGAAACCGCAAUUCACAUCGUCAACUACUCAUUCCUCUCGGCCAUCCCAAUUUUCGGUUUCACCAUUCCUUCUGCUUCCGUUGACCAAUCGCUUUGGUCCCGACCGUAUUCUUGAUGCUGUUUUUCAAAUAUGCAACACUCAUCCGCACAUCUCGUCACCCAUGUCUUCCGCGAUACUCUCCUGUCAGCUAACUGAUAUAGAUUAUGUGAAUGGAUUCAUUGUGAAAUCAGGUCGCAUGUGUGGCUUGAGUACGCCGGUGAAUGAAUUUUUGGUUGAUGCGAUUAAGAUGAAACACAGGAUUAUGUGCAGGAAUCGUGAGACGGGGAGAAAGGUUAGAAAUGAGUUUAAAGGAUAA